GGACACGCAGUCAUUUCCCGGACUGCGACGCACACGCGGUGGUCUGACACGUUUCGCAUAGGAGCGCAGUGCUGGAGAGGAGCUGCGGCUGGAUGUGAGAGGGAGACACCGCCAUUAUCCCUAAAUGUGAUGAAAAUAUAGCAGCUUGUCUUAAAAAUCUUCUGAGAGGGAGAGAAAAAAACAGAAAGGGAGAAAAACUCCUUAAUCCCGUUUUUUCGGAGUUAAUAUCUUAUUUCUUCAAAAAAGGUAACACGAAAUUAUGCGAUGUUGACUCUAUAUGCUCUCUCUGUGUCCUUUUGGCUGCAUUCUUCUGGUUAAGCCAAGGUGUUUUCAUCUAAGAUGUUGCAGCAUUGCUCCCUUCUGUUAUUGCUGUGUGCAGCCCAGCUGCUCUCUAGCUCCUCCGCUUUGCCAUUUGAACAGAGGGGCUUUUGGGACUUUGCCCUGGACAGUCUGGAGAACAGUGAUAUGAUGACGAUGAUGAGGGACCAGGGGGAAGGUUCGGCUGUAGAGGAGAUCCCCACUCCCGACAUGCCCAUGUGUCCCUUUGGCUGCCACUGCCAGCUCCGGAUCGUCCAGUGCUCAGACCUCGGUUUGACAGAGGUGCCAAGGAAUAUUCCUCCAGACACCAAAUUCCUGGACUUGCAGAACAACCGUAUCACUGAGCUAAAAGAAAAUGACUUCAAAGGCCUGACCAACUUAUAUGCACUCUCUGUGAGGAAUAACCUGAUUUCCAAAGUCCACCCCAAAACGUUUAUCCCUUUAAAGCACAUGCAGAAGCUCUACUUUUCAAAGAAUCUGCUGACCGCCAUCCCCAAAAACCUGCCCGCCUCUUUGGUUGAGCUGAGGAUCCAUGAGAACAGAAUAAAGAAGGUGGCAGCUGGAACCUUCUCGGGGCUGGGCAACAUGCACUGCAUAGAAAUGGGAGCAAACCCCAUCCAGAACAGUGGUUUUGAGCCUGGAGCCUUUAAGGGACUGAAACUAUAUUAUCUGCGUAUAUCAGAGGCCAAGCUAACUGGAGUGCCUAAAGAUCUUCCAGACAGUCUUCAUGAGCUUCAUCUGGACCACAAUCAGAUCCAGGCUGUGGAACUGGAGGACCUGAGCCGCUACAGAAACCUCAACAGAUUGGGUCUUGGCUUUAACCACAUCCGUAACAUAGAGAAUGGUAGCCUGUCAUUUCUGCCCAUGCUGAAGGAGCUGCAUCUGGACAACAACCGGCUCAAACGUGUUCCCCAGGGCCUUCCAAGCAUGAAGUACCUACAGGUGGUGUACCUCCAUGCCAACAACAUCAGUCAGGUGGGUGUGGAUGCCUUCUGCCCCCGAGGGUUCGGGAUGAAGAGAACGUACUAUAAUGGCAUCAGCCUGUUUGACAACCCUGUGAACUACUGGGAAGUGCAGCCUGCAACAUUCCGCUGUGUGAACGACCGUUUUGCCAUUCAGUUUGGAAAUUACAAAAAAUAAAACCUGUGGAGAUGCUUGGCAAAAUAAAGAAUAAGAGGGAAGUGUUGAGGAAAAGGGAAUAGGAGAAAAUAAUUUAAAUAAUGUUCAAAACUUGAGAUGUCAUGAAAGGAGUUUAUGUCUGAGAUUACGGAGUUUAUAUUUGUUACUUUUAUUGUGAAACUGAGUAAUGGGGGAGAUGGGUAAUAUCUGAUGAAGUAGAAACCAAAGUGAAAUACAUAAUCCCUGAACUUGAAGUAGGUGGAGGGCAGCAUUUGUGCAAAACUGCAUCUGGUUUUGCAUUUUUAAAUUGCAGUUUUGAAGGUGUUUUCCAUCUGAGUCAGUGUAAAGAGUGCUGAAAACUUGUGAAACAUUUCAGCACAUUUAUUUUCUCAGUAGUUGUUAUUGUGACUGAGGUCCUUCUGUUAUUUUCUUUAGUAAGGAAUAGUAGUAAACAAUUGAAAAGCAGUGCAUUUUUGAAUGUUUUAUACUUAUAUAAAAAGGUGCUUUAUGUCAUUCUUUGUGUGAUGAUUUGAAAAAACAGACAUUCAUAUUGUCUCCAUUUUACCGAUUUCACUAAUGAAAUUCUGGCCAUGAACUCUAUAAUUCUGAUGUUUGAAGUUAGAAAAAUUGAGUAGUUUUACACCAUCUCCAAGCACUAGAGAUAAAAACAAUAAUAAUUAGAAAGGAAAUACUUUUAAUGCACCUUAUAGGAGCUGAAAUAUUUUAAACAGACUUCUUACUGAGUCCAAUUCUGUGCCUUGUAUUAAAUAUAGUCAGAAGCUGUCCGACAUUCACUUAACACAUCCGCUUUGCUUUAAGACAGUGAAGGUAGUAUGUUCACUAAGCACAAAAACCAGUAGUAGUGACAAUGCAUUGUUUUGCACAGAAUUUGUUAUAUGCUUGACUUGCUUCAGGGUACAAUGUGGAGGGUGGUGGGGGUGGUGGCAUGUUUACUAUGGUAAACCUAUGUGCAACUACUUUAGCUUUAAGUAUUAUGUCCUGUCUCUGUCCCUAUUCUGUAAUCUGACAAUCUACUGCUGCAUGUGAAUAAAGAUAUUUUUUAACCUGCUGCAUUCAGCGAGAAAAACCCCCAACAAACUGGUGGCCCUGGGUUGAAUGGUGUGUCUGAAACAAAGAGGAAAAGAUAAAUGGAAAACACCUCCUGAAUGAAAUCAAACUUUGUAAAAAAAAAAAAAAAGAAUAAAUAAAUAUUAAGAAAAAUGA